AAGGAACAAAAAAUUCAAGAUUUACAGGACACCAUAACUGAACUGCAUAAUGAAAUGGCUGUAAAAGAUUCAGAAAAUCUAAAUCAGCUUCAGGAUAUACACCACCUGGAGAGCAAGGUCAUAGCCUUGAAACAAGAGCUAUGGCGAUCAGAGGAGGCUUUUACCCAACUGAAGAAAGACUUGGAAGAAGUUCGACUUGGUCCCAACAGCGGUUUAAAAGAUACAUAUCUUGGAUGUACUCACACAACUCUUCAAGAGAACCAAACUCAAUCCUUCAGGGCCACAAGUCUACUGAAAACUGAGCUCGAGCGACGUGAUGGUACAAUACUGAAUCUCCGUAAAGAGGUCCUCCUUUUACAAGAGAAACGAGAUGGGUUAACAACUGAGUUGGAUGUACAGGAAAGAAGGAUUUACCAUCUGCAGGCAGAGCUGAGAGAAGGAGAAGCUAAGCUGGAACAAAAGCAGAGCUGCCUGCAACAGCUGAAAGAGGAGCUGGAUACCACCAAAAAGCUGCACAAAGAUGCCCAAGAACAGAUUGUAAAGCUCACUGCCACUCUUCAGGAUCGUGAACAAUCUUCCCGAAAUGCCAAAUCAGCUUUUGCAGCAGAGGCGGCACAAAAAUACAAAGAAUUAGUGUCCAUGAGAGAAGAGCUUGAGGAGAAAGUGGCAGGAACCCAGGCAGAACUCAGUGAAAAAGAUGGGACCAUAUGCAGACUGCGUGCACAGGCAGAAGAGACCAAGGUGCAGUUAGAAGGGGUGCAAGUUGAACUGAAGACCAUGAGAACGAAAUAUAAUCUUGCAAUAAAUGAGGUUGCAAAGAAAGCAGAAGAAAUACAAGUAACUAACAGUAUACAUGAAGACUUGAAAGUAACUGCUGCACAAUAUGAAAAGACAAUCUGUGAGCUGGAAUCAAAAUUCCAUCAGGGCCAGAGUAACCAGGAGCAUGCUAGAGACAAGAUGAUAAGACUUGAACGGACAGUCAAGCAGCUUGAGGAAGAAAGGGUCCGACUGCAGGAGCACUGUAAUGAAUUGGUGGAAGAAAAUGGGCAGCUUCACGCACGACUGGAAGUUGAGAAUUUAUCAGUGCAAAAUCAACAAAAUAUUAUGGCAAUGGAGUUAUGUAGAAAAGAAGACUUGAUUCAGGAGUUGAAAAAUGACAAGAUUGCCUUGCAGGCCAAAGCUAAUUCAACUGCAGAGAAGGUAAAUCAUUGUCAGGAUACAAUAAGACAGCUGAAUACAGAACUUUCAUCUCUUCAUAUUGCUCAAGAAUCUGUUGAAAAGAUUUCUGAACAUAAGCAGCAGACAAUCUACCAGCUGGAGACUGAGACUCAGGCACUACAAAGCAAAGUGCUAGAGCUCCAGACAAAGAGGCUGAACUUGGAGGAACAAUUGAAUGCAACUGACUUGGAAUCUGCCUCGUUGAGAGCCAAUCUGCAAACCAAAUCAGAAGAAGUUCAGCAGCUCAGAGAGCAACUAGAAAAAUCGAAGAAAACUAUGAAUCGUAUGACUGAAGAAUUAAGCAAGAUUAAAGCAAACUUGCAACUUGAACUGUUGCACAAAGAAGAUAAUCUUGAGAAAGUGAAGAAAGAGCUUUUUGCUGUGACAGAAGAAUCAAACCAACGUGCAGUGCAGCUCCUCAACAGUGCUGCAGAGAAGCAGAAGCUAGAAGCAGACCUGACUGACCUCCAUGAGAAACACAAUGUAACACAACAAGAGGUCAACAGCAGGGGUCAGACUGUUUUGAAGCUGAAAACAGACUUGAAGACUGCAGAGGAAAACUUCAGAAGUGCAAAGGUGGAACUCGCAUUCCAGAAAACAGAAAUAGUUCAUAAGAAGACAGAGAUAAACAGUCUGCUGACUGAAGUACAGGGCUUACGUGAUGCUUGCAAAGAACGUGAUAAGAAAAUGAGUCAACAGGAGCAAGCUAUACUGAACCUGCAGCAUGAGCUAAAAAUCAGUAACCAACAGAAUCACUGUCAGGAGCAAUCCAUGGAGCAGCUUCAGAAAGAAUUUGAUGUUUUCAAACAGGCACAUGAAUCUGACAUGGACCAUUUUAGUCAUGAAACUGCUCAAGUGCAAAAGGAACUUGACUCAACUACAAAGGAAUUACAAGAGAGGUUGACCAAACUGCAACAGUACAAGUCCACAGUUGACAGACUGAAUUCUGACCUACAGCAUGCACAUGAGCAACACCAAGAGGUGGUCCAGGAAGUCUCUCAGUGCGAAGAUAUUAUGCGCAAUCAAGAAUCGGAAAUAGCUCAUCUUAAACAGCAGCAGUUUGAUUCUGAGAACCAAGUAGCCACAGCCAAACAGAAUUGCAAAUCACUUGAAACUAUGUUGGAUCUUUAUAAGCAAAAAUACCAGACUUGUAUAAACAGGAUCACAGAGUUGGAAAAUUCAAUGCAAAGCCUGGAGACAGACUUACAAGAUGCAAAUAGACAGCUUUGCAACCGCGAUGAGACUGUUCACAAGCUACGGAAUGACAUGCUCACAGUGCAACACCAAUAUGAAACAAAGUGUACACAAGUGGAACAUUGUGAGGACAAUGUUGAUCAGCUUACCCAUCAGUUACAGGUUGCACAAGAAAGCCUUUCUGCAAACAAAGAACAUGUUAGCCAAUGUGAGGAGAUCAUUCGUAGCCUUCAAGAACAGGCCACAGUUCAUCACAAUCAAGUUAUUGGAUGGGAAGAGUCGCUUGUAAAACUCCAAACAGAUUUUACCUCCUACAAAGCCACACACUUCCAUUCCGAUACAGAUUACAAUCUCCAGACUGCUCAACUUGACCAAUUAAAGAAAGAUUUUGCACAAGUCAAUGUUCAGAGUUCUGAAUUUGCACAGGAAAUCAGUAAUUAUCAGGAAAUGAUACACAAGAUGAAAGCACAGUUAACCACUGUUACAGAACAGAAGAAUGAUGGUAUUAAAGAUGUAGCCCGCUUAGAGAAUGUUGUCCAAGGUCUUCAACUUGAUCUAGCCUCUGAGUUGCAAAAACACCAAAUGGAGUCAGCCAAACUGGGACUGCAGAUCACUCAACUGGAAAAUGACCUCCGCAACAGUCAAAAACUAUACAACCAACGAGAACAGGCAAUACAGAAGAGAGAUGACCUCUUGAGGAAGUCUGAAACAGACCUGCUUCAGGCUCGUGAUAGUAUUAAAGGGAAAGUAACAGAAAUUGAAAAGCAAGGCGCUGUGGUGAAAAGCCUAGAGAUGGACGUUCAGAGGCUGGAAAAAGAAAAGCAGCAAAAAGAAACUGAAAACAUAUCCCUUAAGGCAGAAAUAGAACAAUUGAACCAGGAUCUACAAAACAGCAAUAAAAACUGCAGAGAAUUUGCACAGGAGCUGGCACACCAUCAGGAGAAACUUUUACUGAUGGAGAGUAGCCUACAAACCACACAGGAUCAGCUCAGUGAUCGUGUUACAGAGAUUGUCCGGCAUGAACAGGCAAAUCGUAAACUACAAUCAGAGCUUAAAAUUCUGAAAGAGCGAGAAACUAGCAACAAAGAAGAGAUCGAUACUAACAGGGUACAAAUUGAAAAACUUAAAGCUGAAAAUGCUCAGAAUAAACAGAGUCACGAAAGUGCAGUCACAGAAGGACUCAAGCACCAGCAAUCAAUUUGCAAGUUGGAGAUGGAAGUCAACACCAGCAAAGAGCAGAUUAAAAUGCUACAAAUGCAGAUUCAUCAAAAGGAAGGUGAGAGCAACAGACUUCGAGAAGAAUUAAAAUCGGAACAAACGAGACAAGAUGAGUUACAAAGACAGUCUCAGAAACUGAAAGAACAAGUAGGAGAGCUCAAAAGAGAAACUGAUGAAUUGAAUGACAAAUUUAAAGAAAGUACCCAGUUGCUGAAGGAGAAGGAGGAUCAUAUUUUAUUUCUGGAAGAUAAUUUAGCACAAUUUCAGAAAAAGCACCAGGCUUUACUUAAUGAAUACAGAAACUGUGAAUCAGAGCUACAGGUGGCCCAAACAAAUCUAUCAACAGCUCAGAAACAGAACAAGUAUUAUACUGAAGAGGCAACCCGACAAGAAGAUAAAUUUGCCAAUCUUCAGUCAGAGCUGAAUACAGUCCAGGAACAGGCACGAAAGACUAACCAUGAACUGAAAUCAGCAGACCAACUCAUCCAUGAACUCAGACGAGAGCUAACAGCAUGUCAUGGUACCCAAAAAGAAAACAUGGAGCAGCUAAGUGAGAAGAGCCGAGAGGUAGCCAGUCUGAGAAAUGAUAUUGCACGUAGUCAACAGAGAAAUAUGCAGUUAGCAGAGGAAAGUGCAGCAUAUGAGGAAAGGAUGAGAAGACUGCAUGAUGAACUGAAAAAAAUGCAAGCACUGAAUCAACGGGCAGAAGAGGAAGCUCACAUUUGUGAGAAUCGAUUAGUGGAACUAAGCAACCAGAUGAUAAUGUCACAGGGGAAAUCCCACGAAACCAUGAAGGAACUUAGCAGUAAGGAAGAAGAGUUACUAAUAAUGAAAGUCGAACUGGUCUCCCUUCGAGAAAAAUAUCACUGUAAAACUGAAGAGCUCGAGACCUUACGAAAAUCCCUGCAUGGUGCAAGGUCAGACAGUUCAAGAUUGCAUCGAGAGAGUGAACUGGUUGUAGCGAAUGUUAACCAGUGGGUAAAGGACCAAAAGCAAGCCAAUGAAAAACUUGGGAAUAAGAUCAAAGAACAAACAAAGCAAAUCCUUCAACUAACAACUGAAAAAGACCAUCUGCAGGAAAUGAAUGAACGACUACAGCAUGAGAAUAAGAAAUUAAAAGUUGAAGUGGAUGAGAAGAGAAUAGCAAACGAGAGGCUAAAGGCUUUGCACAGUCAUCCAGGUGAGCACUCUAAUGUCACACGUCAAUUCCGGAGUCCAUUUCAAGAUGAAGACUACAACUCACUGCGGUCAAUGAGGAGAACCUUCAGCAGCACAGGGAACCUGAGAAAGCUCAAGCCUCUUGCUGCCAAUUGGAAUUUUGAUUAGACAGCUGUACCCUGAGAGUCCAGAUUGAGCCAAGCCACAUUUACCUGUUCAGCCACCGAUGUAUUUCAAGAAGAUUUUUAAUCUUCGUUGUAAUAUUCUGAAACAUAUAAUGGAUGAUCAUUCCAAAAUAAAGGGAGAAGUUAAGUGCAAGAAGACUGGAUUUAAGACUGGAUCAAUAGGCCUGACAGCUCAGGCACAAGUAGGAGACCACUACCGAGACUAAGGGAAAUUAAAUUAGCUGAAGGCCCAAACAUAUGGAAAAUGAGUAGGAACCCACCUUAUACCCUGCCUGACGUUCUUAUCCAUUGGAAUUCAAGUUCCACCAAUUAGGGCUGUUAAACGUCAGUAGCUCAAUGGCCAAAUUUAGUAGUGCAUUUUAUAAAUUGAUUCAUUUCCUAACUUCCCUCUAACUAAGAAUCUCCUUGAUUUGCAUAGAUUUCAUCAGACCCAAGAUGGGGUGAAAUCAGACAUUGACAGUAAAUGGGUACAAGUUCAGUUUAGGAACAUGGUUCCCACACGAUUGCAAACACUGAGUAUGUCCCUGGCCACUUGUUGAAACCAAAGGUCAAGUCCUUGAAUAAGCCAAGGGCCAUCACCUACUUUAGGACCUUAUCUGGAUUAGAAUUUGCCUUGAAUAUUGUAAAGGAUAAGGGGUUGCUGCAUUUAAAAUAUCCCAGCAGUAACCAGCAGUGGUCCUUCAUUGUAGCUGUGGGCCAUCACCAAAGGAUACAAAAAAAUCAUUUAUAAAAGCUGCAGGCCACAGUUAUCAGGCCAUAGCUCUUCCAAUUGAAUGAAAUCUGGUACCUUCUUCAUUCUUUAAACACCCCUCCUGCUUAGAUGUUUCCAAUGGAGUUGACAAAGAAUAGAAGUGAUUAUGAAAAUAAUCUAACCCUUAAACAGUUAUUGGUGAAAGUGAUUGCAAAAGUAAAAGUUUCUGUUUUGGUCUGCUUGUUGCAAGAUUCUUAAUACACAAGGCUAGUAUGUACUGUGUGACAUUGGUAAAAUUAGAGUUUUUAUUAAUAUUGUACUGAAAAAGAGCAGUUUUUUUUUUUAAAUAUCAGUAUCCAAAACAAAGUAAUCACUUAAGGAGUCCUUUUGGUGGUCUUUGAAUCAAUCUUUGAAAACAUUGUAUCCUACUGUUCGAACCUUACUAAUUGUCUUUGUUUAAACUGUUCAAAAGCUCAUGUAUUUGAUAAUAUUAUCGUUGUAUCACUUGACUCAAAUAUCUCAACAUGUACCUCCUGGCAACUCACCAGGAGAGGGAGAAUCCAUUUAGUCACCUAAUCAUACUUUUUUCCAAGAAGCAGACUGAGUCAUCAAAAGAAAUAACAAUUGUCAGUUCUUAAUGUCAUGAUGUUUAUGGCGAACAAACUUUAAAUUAUUUCCCAAUUUAAUUGGCUAUUGCUAAUGCUCUUCUACUAUCACCACUUUGUUGUCAAUUUGUGUUUUGGAUCUCCCAAUCUCCUGCCAUAAUAUCAAUGGAAAAGUCACUGAAACAUGGAAAGGACAAUAUAAAUCCAUCCACAGAAACUCAUUUCCAUACUCAGUAAGGGCCAGGGGUUACUAAAUACUACUUAUUGUAGUUACUUGUAUUUAAUUUUUAUUUAUUUUAAUAUUUUAAUUGUAUUAACUGAUACUAAAAUCCCCUGCUGGUCCAGUGGUUCUCAACUCAGGAUAGCACACAGGUGGUACUGAAUGUGUAUCUUUGUACAAUGAAAGGAAGAGAACUGUAUCCUUCAUGUAGGAUUUGUGCCUGCAGCAGAAAGCAUAUUCCUUGCUCAAAUCUUCACAUAUUGAAUGCACGUCCAAAUAAGCAUUCAAACUAGAUGAAUUUUUCAUUUAUCACCAGUUAUCUACUUAACUUAUUAAUAGAGUUUCAGUCUGUUAUAAAUAAGAGAAAUCAAUUUGAAUAAUUUUUAAAGUAUCUUGUAAAAUUAUUAUAUAAAUCUUUAACUAUGAAGAGGCAAACUUUAUUCUCUUGCCAAUGGUCAGCAUUCAGUAUGAUAAUAGAUGUUUUCAUCAUAUGUACAAUACUGUUUUGCACAUUGCAGACUUUUGUAACAUCUUUAUAUCUUUAACAUGUGCGUGCCACUUAGUCCUGUCUGUAGGCUCUACAGAACUUAGCCUUUAUCUUGAAAUUGAGACUUUUCCAAGCACUGCGAGUGUCAUAAUGAACUGGCAAUCAAACAAACCUUCAACCUAUUAGCAAAUAAAUGAUCAGCUAA